CAGACCCAAAGAUCUCUCUAUCUAUAAAUUACAAAUCUCCCGUAAAAAGUAAAAACCCUAAACGCGAAAACCUUUCAAGCUUCUCGUAAACCUAGCUACACCAGUCUCGUUUGUGAUCGGAAUCCAUGGGCAAGUCUAGCAAAAAAUCCGCCACCAAAGUUGAAUCACCUGCUUCAAUGACAAAGCCACUCAAGAAAGGUAAGAGAGAUGCGGAACAGGAUUUGGACAUCCAAGUUCCGAAGAAACAGAAGAAAGAGUUGAUUGAUGCUGUUCAGAAGGAGAAAUCUGAGAAAACGGUACCGAAGAAGGUAGAGAGUAGCAGUUCUGACUCAUCAGCUUCUUCUGAUUCUGAGGAUGAUCAGAAGACUAAGACAGUCCUUGCAAAGGAACCUCCUUCUAAGCAGAAGGGUGACUCUUCUUCUGAUGACUCUUCUUCGGAUGAGGAACCUGCGCCUGUGAAGAAGCAACCAGAAACUAUUAAGAAAGACAAGGAAGAGAGCAGCUCAUCUGAUGAUGAUUCUUCUUCAGACGAGGAAACUGCCCCUGUGAAGAAGCAACCAGCAGCAGUCCUUGAGAAGCAACCAGAACCUAUUAAGAAAGACAAGGUAGAGAGCAGUUCAUCUGAUGAUGAUUCUUCUUCAGACGAGGAAACUGCCCCUGUGAAGAAGCAACCACCAGAGAAGGCCAAGGCAGAAAGCAGUUCAUCUGAUGAUGGAUCUUCUUCGGACGAGGAACCCGCCCCUGAAAAGAAGGAACCUACAAUUGUUAAGAAAGACAGUUCAUCUGAGGGUGAAUCUUCUUCAGAUGAGGAAACCGCUGUGAAGAAGCAGACAACAACAGUUCUUAAGGAUGCCAAGGCAGACAGCAGUUCAUCAGAUGAUGGAUCUUCAUCUGACGAGGAAUCUGCCCCUGCGAAGAAGCAACCCGCAGCCCUUAAGAAUACCAAAGCAGAUAGCAGUUCAUCAGAGGAGGAAUCUUCUUCGGACGAGGAGCUCACACCUGCCAUUAAGCCAACAGUUGUUAAGAAUAUCAAACCAGCUGCAAAAGAUUCAUCAUCCUCAGAGGAAGAUUCUGAUGAGGAGGAAAGUGAUGAUGAAAAACCUCCUACAAAGAAGGCUAAAGUUUCAUUAACAAAAACAUCUAAAAAAGAAAGCUCUAGUGAGGAAUCUAGUGAUGAAUCUGAUAAGGAGGAGAGUAAAGAAGAGAAAGUGACCCCAAAGAAAAAGGACUCUGAUAUUGAAAUGGUGGAUGCAGAGCAGAAAUCAAAUGCAAAGCAGCCAAAGACACCAACUACUGAGACUCAGGGAGGAUCAAAGACGCUAUUUGCUGGAAAUCUUUCCUUUCAAAUUAAGAGAUCUGACAUAGAGAAUUUCUUCAAAGAAGCUGGUGAAGUUGUUGAUGUUAGAUUUUCUUCAUAUGAUGAUGGGACAUUUAAGGGAUAUGGGCAUGUUGAAUUUGCUUCUCCAGAAGAAGCUCAGAAGGCAUUGGAACUGAACGGUAAAAUGUUACUAGGGCGCGAUGUUCGGCUUGAUCUUGCUAACGAGAGGGGUCAACGAAACAGCAAUCCUGGUCGCAAAGGAGAAGGAAGCCAAAGUCGAACGAUUUUUGUUAGAGGAUUCAAUUCUUCUCUUGGCGAAGAUGAAAUCAAGAAAGAGUUGAGAAGUCUUUUUAGUAACUGCGGAGAGGUGACAAGGGUUCAUGUUCCAACAGAUCGUGAGACUGGUGCUUGCAGGGGGUUGGCCUACAUAGAUUUGACGAGUGGAUUCGAUGAGGCGUUGCAACUGAGGGGAAGUGAAAUUGGAGGAUGGAACAUACAUGUGGAAGAGUCUAGACCAAGAGAUAGUGAUGAGGGGCGUUCCUCAAACAGAGCACCUGGUAGAGCACCUCGUGGACGUUACUCAGAUAGAGGAGCACCUCGUGGCCGUUCCUCAGAUAGAGGAGCACCUCGUGGCCGUUCCUCAGAUAGAGGAGCACCUCGUGGCCGUUUCAGUACGCGUGGAAGAGGACCCAGCAAACCAAGUGUAAUUGAAUCAGCUCUAGGGAAGAAGACGGUCUUUAAAGAUGAAGACUAGAAGAAGCUUUUUUUUUUUGUUGGAGAGGGCUCUUGUCUCUUGUUCUAUCUUAUAGUAGCUUUUUUGGCCUAGUUUCUUUUGUUUUCUAUUGAGAAAAGCAUUAAGCUUUAUGUGAUGGAGUUGUACUCUUCUCAAGAUAUUUUGUGUUGGUUUUUUUCUUAAACUUAAGAGCACUUUACUUUGCUGCUCAAAUUUUGGAACAAAUCCCUUAACUUCAUUAAUGGUUCACUGCUAUCAGCCCUGCUUAGAGUAGGGCUUUUACACAA